UUUGUUUUGAGAGUUUCAAUCAAACUAGCGCAUGUGAUUUAAGCCAGUAAAAAACAUUUUUCAACUUCAUCUAAUGUAUACAUGAUUUAAUUUCAUUACAUUUUAUUCCAAUUUAAAACAAAUUAAGAUUCAUAAUACUGCCUACAUAAUUAAGUCGCUAGUUUAAUUAAUGUUAUAGCUUUAUUUAGAAAUUCCCAAUGAUCUUGAAAGUUGGAUUAAUCUUGUUAUUCUUAUUUUUUAAAUAUUCUUGUACUUCUGAAUUUUGUUCCGCUGAUGAAAAAGAUACCUCUUGUAAUCCGCCACCAUCACGUGGUUCACAUUAUAAACAGAAACGAUAUUUAUUAUAUGAUGUUAAUCCUGGUGAAGGUUUUAAUUUAAGAAGAGAUGUUUACAUGCGUAUUGCUACUGUUGUAAAACAGUUAAAUGACGAUAAGAAAACUGGUCAGUGGAUUUUGGUUCUACCUCCUUGGGGUCCUUUAUAUCAUUGGAAGUCUAAAAACCUUGGUUAUCAAGCUCAGAUAAAAUGGGACAAAUUCUUUGAUUUGGGUAGUUUGCAAAGUUAUGUCCCUGUUAUGGAACUAGAAGAUUUUCUAGAUGAAAAUGGGUAUAAAAUUGACUCUUUAUAUUACCUUCAACAUUAUGCUGAAGGUUGGAGUGACAGUGGUUGGGAAGAGCGCUUUGAUAUUAGAGAUUGCAUUGAACCACCUCCAUAUGAAAGAACACAAAAAGGUACAUAUACAGGAUGGUUUUGGGGCUAUGAUAUCAUAUUCGCCAAAGAAUUUCACUGUCUAUCCAUACAAGGUUACAGUAGUACAUUAAAGUCAUUUCUCAUGUCAUCCACAGCUAAAAUUGUUAUGGUAGAUAGAGCUGAGGUAAUUUUACAUAAUGCUUUUGGAAGCCCUGAAUAUUGGAUGGUUCGGCGUAGCAUGCAGUUUUCUAAGAAGUUAAUUGAAAUUGGUGAUACAUUUAGAAAAAUGUAUCUGAAUUCUACUGAUGAAAAUGAUAAAACAAAUAUACCUCAAAGCAUUUCUUCACCAAUAGAACGAAAAGCUAUUGGUGGACCUUAUGUUUCUGUGCAUCUUCGAAGACGAGACUUUGUGCAAGCUAGGCCAAAUGAUGUGCCAAGUAUUUCUUUUGCUUCUAAGCAAAUUUUGAAGCACAUGAAAAGACUCAAUCUUAAAUUGCUGUAUGUUGCUACAGAUGCUGCAGAAUCAGAAUUUGAAGAACUUCACCUGUAUAUACCUGGUGCUAUACGUUUCAAUCCAACUGAUCAAGUUAAGAAAGAUAUAUUAGAUGGUGGUGUAGCAAUUGUGGAUCAAUGGAUAUGUGCUCAUUCCAGGUUCUUCAUAGGGACUUAUGAAUCCACAUUUUCAUUUCGUAUUCAAGAAGAACGAGAAAUUUUAGGAUUUCCUACAAAGACAACGUUUAAUAGGUUGUGUGGCGAUAAUCAGACAACUUGCACACAGCCUUCAAAGUGGACCAUUGCUUUUUAGUAACUGAUUUUUGGAACAAUAAAACUAUGGAAGAUGAGAGCUUUUUAUGCAUUACAUUAUCUUAAAUGUGUUCUAAUGGCAGUAAAAACUUAUAUUGGUAAAUAUUUUUAAGUAAAGUGCUAUGCAUUUUUAAUUUUGAAAAAUGAAGCUCAUCAAAUCAGAUUUCAUUUUUUGCUAUACUUAUCUUUAUAUAAUUUUUAUGUAUAGAUAAAUAUCAUAUAACAAUUUGUUUAUCAAUCCUCAUACCCAAAACAAUUUAAAGUUUUUCUUAUUUCUGGAUUUUAGGGAAUUUAAAUUGUAAAUCCAGUCGAAGGGAAAUAGGUUAUUUAGUGAAUAAAAAAAUAUUUUGUGGUUCUUGAAAAAAUUUUAUAUCUUGGCUUCAGUGUUGAAUUUUAAAGAUGCUUUGAGAUUGAUUUUUUUAAAUUAUAAAUAUGGUAAAAUCUUUUGUAAUAAGGCAAUAUUAAAGUAACUGUAUAUUUAAAAAUACAAAUUUGAAUUUGAAAUUUUGUCCUAUGAGAUAAAGAAAAUAUAUUUUAAAAAUUAGCAAAGAGAAAAUCCAAAAAUAAGGAGGAUUCAAAAGUGGUAAGUGGAUGUAGAUCUGAGACUUCCAACAUUUUCUGGACCAUCAUUCUCUUCAUAAGAAAAAAAAAUUCUAACCCUCUUCUCUUUCAUAACAGUUUAUCAUACCAAAUAUUAAAAUAUUGAUGCUGGGAAAUAGUACCAACUCCACCUAUGGUGUAGACUGUUCCAUUUCCACUACUUAUUCUUUCUUUAACGAAACUUAGUAAUCAAAAACCAGAAAGGAAAGAAAAUGAAGACACAAUGAAGGAGAAAUUCAAAUUGAAGGAAGUAGAAAAAGGAUUAUAGAUCUUCAUAAAAUUUCAUGAGCAAUAUUUCUCUAUAUCAGUACAUUAUAUUAUGAGGAUUCAUUUUGUAACACUAUAUUUUCAAAAUUCCGGUGGCUGUUGUAUAAAUCAGACAAACAUUUGAAAUUACAUGUCAUCUCAUUAAGAAAUUCAUAAUUUUUAUGUGAUGUUAUGUGUAAUAAUUUUAAAAUGUUUCUAAAUUUUGUAUUUCUAAAAUAUAUAAUUUAUAUUCGUUCAUUUUUAUUUUUAAAUAAUUUAUAUGAUUAUCAAUAUUAUAUAUUUAAUUUUGAUCGGCAGAUUGAAAAACACGACCUUUCUUAUGCUACCUUUUCUAACGAUGAUAUCAUUUAACACAAGCAGGUAACUUUUAGAAAUAUAUAUUUAAGACUAAUUUCUUUCAGAUAUAAGCCCUCAUUCUGCCAGAGAAAACCUACUAUAUACAGAGUGUUCCUCAAUCAAUAUGACAAACUUGCAGGAGGUAUAUGGGACACAAAAAUGAAUAAAAAUCACAUAGAAUUAAUGGGCCCGAAAUUCCGUCUGUGCAAAUUGCAAAGAAAAAGAACAAAAAUAACAAUACGUUAGCAUAACAGAAAUAAUUUUAGUGGCAAAUUUUACAUUUGCAAACAGCUACUUGCUACAUAAGGUGCUGGAAAUUCCAACCAGAAGCAGUCACAUUGUCUUCACAACUUCAUCACAUGAAAUUCUAACGUUUUGGAGGGUUUCUGGCAUAUCUCGCAUCUCACCUACAUCUAUAGACAUACGUACGACGAGGUCUUCAACUUAAUCGUGCAACAAAGUUUUCAUUUGACUCCAGCAGACAUGAUAGAUCUGCAGGUUUAGCAGGCCAAUGAACUGGACCGCCAGGAAUUAUCCAUUGCUCUACGUAAGUAACGUUUAGGUGUUAGUGGUGUAAUGUGGGGAAGCUUCCUCAUGCUGGAACCACAUUUGAGCGGCAUAAUGGCAGAGAAACAUGUGGUUCUGUAAUAAAUUCGGACAAAACCUUCCUCAGGAAUAUGAAAUUUACUGUACCGUCUAUACUAGGAGGCAAAAGAUAUUGUUCUGUGAGGUGUUUUCCAAGAAAACCUGCCUAAACAUUGAUAGAGAAAUGACAUUCUGUUGUACGUGUAUGCAUGUGCCAUGGAGGAGAGAUUCAACAAAAUUCAUAAAUGGAUGUUAUGCUUACCUCUAGGGAAACUUUCGUCAUCUUUGAAAAAUAAACAUCCAGAAAAUGUGCUGUCCACCUUGUUUUGUUGAAAAUAUCACAUAGUAAAUAUCCCUCAGAAUUAUCAUUCAGGCUCCAAUGAUUGGGCAUGCUACAUUUAAUAUUCUCCAUACAGUGAAGUGGGAAAGGCCCACUCAUUAGCCUUACGCUCUAGUACUUGUAUUUGAAUAGCUUUUUUUUAAGGCGUAAGACGUUCUCCCAAUUUUUUUUCCGUCCUUGUCUUUCAUUUUCGAUCAUGAUAGCUCCCAUUAAACAGCAAGUUUCACGUAGCCCACUGUCCAUAUGUGCAGGCAAAAUUCGACCACAGAUGAUUAUUCAGAAUGUUAAAAAUUUCUCAGGAAAUUUAACCUCCACUCUACAGGAUACUGGGCAGGAAAUCCUUAACACUGUCUUUCCAAAAGAUCUUGCGUCGGUCGAAACUCCCAUACAAAAAUCAAUUAGGGUCACUAAUAGACAGUACAAAUCUCUUACCUCCGACCCUGCAUUUACGCGCCAAGAGAUCCGACAAGUUUUGCAUGCAUUCAAGCCAAAAACGGCCCCUGGUCUGGAUCAGUUAUCCUUGGAAAUGAUUGAGGUCUUAUUUCUGCAUAACCCAGGCAUCAUCGAAUCGCUGUUUAACACUUGCCUUAGAUUGGGGCACUUUCCUACCUCUUGGAAGGCAACUAGGGUUAUCCUUCUUGCAAAACCAGGCAAAAACCGAAAUCUAGCCAACUCAUACAGACCAAUUUGCCUGCUUUCCAUCUUUGGUAAAAUCUUUGACAAACUGAUAACGCAGAGAGUCACUUACCUCCUGCAUCAAAAAAAUGUGUUGCACCUCAAUCAGCACGGAUUUAGAAUCGGCCGCUCAUGUGAGACAGCCCUCUUUCAAUUAUGACAAACCAUCCAAGGUGCCCUCCGACACAAAGGUAUGGUCUGCAUUUUGUCAGUGGAUGUUAGUGGCGCUUUUGACAACGUUUGGAGAGAAAGUAUUUUGCACCAACUGACCCUUGCAGGUUGUCCGCUAAAUCUUUACCAUCUCAUCAGAGACUACUUUCGCCAGCGUCACGGUACAUUAGAAAUGCAGGGAAAUUCCUGGUCCUUUCAAAUUGAAAGCUGCGUUCCACAGAGUUCUUGUUGUGGGCCGGUUUUUUUUGGAACGUCGUAGUUGACACCGCCUUAAAUCUUCCACUUCCUACAGGCUGUUUUAUUCAAGCUUACGCCGAUGACCUUGUGGUGCUCAUUGGAGGAGUCAAUAUAACUGAUAUUGAUACUAAAGGGGCAGAUAUUUUGCGCAUUCUAACCCAAUGGGAUAAGACACAUAAGCUUACUUUUGGAAUAGACAAAAUGGUUUUAUGCCAAUAACUUUUGGUAACAGAUUGAGCUUGGCUGACCCUCCGCACAUCUCAUUUCAAAAUUCAAUAAUUAAAGUUACCUCAUCCUUCCGAUACCUCGGAGUUAUUUGGGAUUGUAACUUUUACCGAGCACUUUCGGCUGGUCCGAUGUAAAAGUGACCUCCUGAUGUACAAUUUAAACUCGGUCGCAAAUAAAUUCUUUUCAAGACUCUACCAUCUUCUGAGACGGAUUUAUUCCGCAGUCUUUGAACCCUAUGUCCUUUUCGGCUAUGGGGCUUGGGGUCUCCGGCUAAAAUUCAAACAACUUGAAAGAACCUUUGAAAUUAUUCAAAGGAGAUCCCUAGUUAAAAUCUUAAAAGCAUUUCAUACAACCAGCACACAUGCACUUCAAGUUCUUGCGGGCAUCUUGCCUCUACACUUAAGAGAUACGGAACUUUAUGCAAACUUUCUCCUCAAAGUUCAAAAACUUCUAGUUAAAUACAAUGACAUUAUCUUUGACCCACACUUAUACGAACCAACUCAAACUCCUUAUGACCAACUCCCUUGUGAGUGGGUUACAUUUCCUUUCCGACAAUUACCACCUACAGGCGAUGGAGUCGAAAUUUUUACUGACGGUUCCAAAAUUGAUAACCGUGUGGGUUCAGCAGUUGCCUGUUAUUAUUACGGUAAAUUAAUCCAUGUCGAUUCCCAUCGACUAGAGGAUCAUGCAAUAGUAUUCCAAGCUGAGGCCUGUGCUUUCUACAUGAACCUGGAAUAUAUAGAUAAUAUGUACUCCUGGAUCAAGGCUUCAAUCUAUUCUGACUCACUAUCGCUACUCUCAGCUCUUGCUUCACCAAACCGCAAAACUUGGAUACUGAAGCAACUAGCGGAUAAAAUUCAACGGUUAAUACCCACCGCCGACUCUCAUUCUUUUGGGUGAAAGCUGAUAUCGGCGUGGAAGGUAAUGAAGCAGACAAACAUGCCAAACUUGGAACAAACAAAAACAGACAAUUGAUUCACGUGUCCCCAGAUCUCACGACACUUUGAAAGCCAAUAUCCGGAGAAACAUCAUCGCUGAAUGGCAACGUGAAUGGGCAUCUACCACUAAAGGUCCUCAGACCUAUCAUUACAUCCCUACCUUCUCCACCAGGAGGAAAUCAUACCAUCCGUUCAUUAUCCAAUUCCUCUCUGGCCAUGGAAGAUUUCCAUCUUACUUUCAAAAUUCGGCAUCACUGACAAUCCAUACUGUGAUUGUAGUGAACUCGGCCCCGCAGACCAUUAUGUUUUUGAUUGCAUCUAUACGCAGUCCUUCCGACUUAACUUUAAACAUUAUCCAUCAAAAAAUCAAUUCAUACUUGAUCCAAAAAUUAUCCAUCAUAUUAUCUCAUGGGUAAAUGACUUUAUUCCGCGGCUCUAAUUAGCCGCCGAUGUUUGUUCUGCCAAACGGGUGGGUUGGGCGUUUCCCUUGAUUAAGACCCAUGUGGGUAGCUAUUAGGAUAAAAUUUUCGGGUUCCACCAUUUCACCAACGAUGUGCUUCGUGCACGGUAUUGGGGUGGAAACACCGUACUUUAAUGUCCAUAUGUGCGAAGAUCAUGUGAUGAGAAGCAUCGUGUAUGCAGGAAAAGUUCCUGGUACAAGUACAGAGUGCUACGACCAUUACAAUCCAAAGCUGUCAAAGCACUAAGUACAUGUCGAGCAGUUCAAUGUAUAAAUAAUUGUCCACGCUACGGCUUUGGGAAUCGGUUCGUAAAUACUGACUUCCAGUUUAAUCGCUGCUCGCACAAUCGGCUGUUCAACACCCUUUAUUGCAGGAAGUAAGCAUUUCAGAUCUUGGAAUGUUAAGCGAUUAGGAUUCAUAUUGUCCCUUUAUAUCUUCCAGAAGUUUGUCGCAAUGACAAUGG